AUGCAAAAGGACCGCAACGCGCUCAAAUCAAGGGUCGUUCGCUUCAAUAGGGUUCACAUGUCGGAUUAUGCCAUCGUCUGGGGCGAAAAAGGAUUACUUUCCGCUGGUGCUAGAUUUGCCGAUAUCACACGCAUGUGCGCUUGCCGCGAUGGGAUACCGGAGAACUUAGUGACGGUGGUCAGUCAGUGAGUUCUGCGGUGCAUCGUCAUUGCAAGAUAUCGGGUCAUAGUACGGGUAGCUGUC